CAAUAAUUCAAAACACUGCCUGAAAAGAAGAACUUCAACUGAUCUUUAAUUUUUUGUUUUCCUCCCACAGAAAAAAAAACUACCGUCAGGCCCGUCUUUUGGUUCGCUGUGACACAACGCCGUUACACUCUCCGUGGAUCUCUCUGUGUCUCCAGCGAUGUCCGUCUUUCUCACUAGGCCGGUCACUGGAAACCCUAUCUCAAGUUUUCGGGUGCAAUGACAAUCGGCCAUUGGAGAGCAGUUUCUGGAACUGGGCCUGCAGUUUAAUUAGAUGCAUGAUAAUGUGGAUCAUCUUCAUACUUUUAUUGACUCUACCUGGAGAUGUUCCACUUUUUCAAUGGGUGGAUUUGCAGCUUAAUUUCAAGAUGUUGUGCAGGGCUGGUUGGUUUACCAUUCAGGAAUUCUUUUUCUAGGUUGAUUGCAGAAAAGGAAAAUUGGCAUUCAGCUUUUGUGGGUGCAAUGGAUCCUAUAGAUAUUUCUUCUUCUGAUAGUGAUUGGGAUAUAGAAGAUGAUUCAGGACACAAAUCACCUAUUAGGGAAUCUGCUCCUUCCAAUCCCAGGAUUCUUCCAUCAUGGGCAUCUACAUUUGGUACCCAUUCAAGGAGUAGAGGUUAUGAUGAACAAUCUCAAAAGGUUUCUUCUUCUGAAGGAGCUCGUGCUCCUUAUGAAAGGUCUUCAACUGUUGAUAAUCCUUCACGGGCUAGACACCAGUUCAAUCUUAAUUCUAAUAACAAUAUUAGUGCCUCAAAUUGGCAAUCUGCUCCAGCAGAUGAUUUCUAUUAUUCUGCAGCGAAUGGGAAUGCGGGUCAACCAAGUAAUGUUUUGGACAUUGAAAAUUUUGAUGAGGCUCUUAGUUCUAAAAGUUUGGAUGCGUCAUCAGGUAGAGAUCACAGAAAGAUCUUGUCUCACGAAGCUCUAAAGAGGACCCUUCCAUCCUCAGUUCAGCCAUCUGUUUCACGAAUUAAAGCAAAUAAUUUAGUGGAGAAUGUGGGCAGCAGUCAGAUUCGUGAUACUCUUGGAUUCCCUCCUGCACGGACAAGUUUAACUAACAACCAGAGCUAUACAGGAAACUAUUUUAGCAGGAGCAAUGAUGAUGAAGUUAUCAUGUUUGAUAAGAGUGGAAGUAGGGUGUUGCCUCCAUCCGUGAUGCAAGGAAAGUCUGCUUCUACAUCACAGUAUGCUAGUUCAAGUGAUCCUGCAUAUUAUUCUGGGAUAGGUGAAGAAAGAGCUGCCGAAAAUGAUGAAAGGUUAAUUUAUCAAGCUGCGUUACAGGAUCUUAAUCAACCUAAAAUUGAAGCUAAUUUUCCUGAUGGACUAUUAUCAGUCACUCUUUUGAGACACCAGAAAAUUGCAUUGGCAUGGAUGCUUCAGAAGGAAACCAGGGCAUUGCAUUGCUUGGGUGGAAUUCUGGCUGAUGAUCAGGGCCUUGGUAAGACUAUCUCAAUGAUUGCCCUGAUACAAAUGCAAAGGUCUUUGCAAUCAAAAUCUAAACCAGAAGACCAAGGCAAUUACAGGACAGAAGCCUUGAAUUUGGAUGAUGAUGAUGACACUGGUGAUGCUGGUUUAGACAAUGCCAAGCAGAGUGGUGAAACUGAUGAUGUUAAAGUGACUCCAGAAGUGAGUAAUUCUUUGCGGUCGUUCCCUAGGAGAAGGCCAUCAGCAGGUACAUUGGUUGUGUGUCCAGCUAGUGUUCUUCGACAGUGGGCUAGGGAGCUAGAUGAAAAAGUUGAUGAUAGAGCUAAACUUUCCAUUUUAAUCUAUCAUGGAGGCAAUAGGACAAAGGAUCCUGUUAAAUUGGCAAAGUAUGAUGUGGUCCUCACAACAUAUUCAAUUGUGACUAAUGAAGUUCCUAAACAACCUUUAGUUGAUGAGGAUGAUGUUGAUCAAAAAGAUGGGGAAAAUUGUGGAUUGUCUUCCGAGUUUUCUAUUAAUAAGAAAAGGAAAAAAUCGAUUGAUGGCAGUAAGAAGGGAAAAAAAGGUAGAAAAGGAAUUGAUAAUUCCUCUUUUGAUUAUGAUUCUGGUCCAAUUGCUAGAGUCGGUUGGUUUAGGGUGAUACUAGAUGAAGCUCAGACCAUUAAGAAUCACAGAACACAAGUUGCUAGAGCCUGCUGUGGCCUUCGAGCCAAAAGAAGGUGGUGCUUAUCUGGAACUCCCAUACAAAAUACAAUUGAUGAUUUGUAUAGCUAUUUCAGAUUUCUCAGAUAUGACCCAUAUGCUGUGUACAAAUCAUUCUACCAUGCAAUAAAGAUUCCGAUAUCUAGAAAUUCAACCCAUGGUUACAUGAAGCUGCAGGCCAUUCUGAGGGCUAUUAUGCUGCGUCGUACCAAAGACACGUUGAUUGAUGGAGAGCCUGUAAUUAGACUACCACCAAAAACAGUACAUUUAACUAAGGUGGAUUUCUCUACUGAGGAGCGGGCAUUCUACUUGAAGCUAGAGGCUGAGUCGCGCUCAAAAUUUAAGGCGUAUGCUGCUGCUGGCACAGUAAACCAGAAUUAUGCAAAUAUUCUAUUGAUGCUUUUGCGCCUUCGCCAGGCUUGUGACCAUCCGCUUCUUGUUAAAGGAUUUAAUUCUGAAUCUGUUGGAAAGUAUUCCAUAGAGAUGGCAAAGAGACUCCCUAAAGAUAUGGUGAUCAAUUUAUUGGAUCUUUUGGAGACAUCCUUGGCCAUCUGUCGUGUGUGCAGUGACCCGCCAGAGGAUGCUGUUGUUACUAUGUGUGGUCAUGUGUUUUGCUAUCAGUGUGUAUCUGAAUAUUUGACGGGUGAUGAGAAUAUGUGUCCAGCACCUGAAUGUAAAGAACAACUGGGGGAUGAUGUCGUAUUUUCUGGAGCUACUCUAAGAAGUUGUCUUUCUGAUGCUCUUGACAGUAAUUCCUUAAAUUCUUCUCAGCUGGAGAGUUCUCUAGUUCUGGAGGAUGGGUAUAGUUCUUCUAAAAUUAGGGCUGUUAUCAAGAUUCUGCAAUUGCAUUGCAAAUCAAAAACUUCAGUUUCGGAACCGUGUUGUUCUACUGGAUGCAAUGGAAAUUCCCCGUCUUCAGGCACUAGUGCGGCCAAACGCAUGAUGGAGGAUUCAGCCUCCCUGAGUGAAGGACCAGAAAAGGCUAUUGUUUUCUCCCAGUGGACUAGCAUGCUGGAUUUAGUUGAGAUUUCUUUGAAUCAGUCUUGUAUACAGUACAGGAGACUUGAUGGCACAAUGACUCUGGCUUCAAGAGAUAGAUCUGUCAGAGAUUUCAACACUGAUCCCGAGGUGACUGUUCUGCUAAUGUCAUUAAAAGCAGGAAAUCUUGGUUUGAACAUGGUUGCCGCUUGUCAUGUUAUCCUUCUCGACCUUUGGUGGAAUCCAACUACUGAAGAUCAGGCCAUUGACCGAGCUCAUAGAAUUGGUCAGACUCGCCCUGUAACUGUCGCCAGGCUUACAAUUAAAGAUACUGUUGAAGAUCGAAUAUUAGCUCUCCAGGAAGAAAAAAGGAAAAUGGUUGCAUCUGCAUUUGGUGAAGAUCAAACUGGGGGGUCUGGAUCACGUCUAACAGUAGAAGACCUGAAAUAUCUAUUUAUGGGCUAAUGAAUAGCCCUAAAAGUUCUUGCGCUCGCACUGUGCCCAGUUUGUGUAGAAAGGAAGUUUUGAGGGAAUCAUAUAGUAAUGAAGAGUACAAUCAAAUGAUGAAAUUAUGGCUGCUGUGGCACUUGGAAAAUGUUUUUGGCCAUCCCAACAGUAAGAUAUAGGUGUUUUGGGACCUGUAGAGGCUUUCUUUUUCUUUCUUUUUUGAAAGUUUUUUGUCGCCACCGUAUCUGGGGAUAGCCAGCCAAAAUCAUCUGUAAAUACUCUAAAUAAUUAUUUAGGCAAAAAUCAUCUGUAAAUACUCUUAAUUAAUUAUUAAUAUAUGCUGGACAUUAGUUUUCUGCA